AUGGAUCACAAGCAAUCUGCUCGAAAUCGACACAAACAUGAUACAGUCUGCCUAUCGCUUUCGUACCCAAUCCACGAUUUUGAUUCACCACAGGCGAUAUUUCGCUCACCUCGUGUACUCAAACAAGUUGCUGAAGCAGAGAAAAAGCACAAAGUUAAAAAGCCGAUGACACCAGAAGAAGCUUUUGAGAAGCUGCAACGACUGAUGCUCACUAUGUCAAGUAAUAAAUGUACAAACGAAAUUUUGGGUGGAUUGAAGCAUGCUUGUUGGCAGUCGUUUGCUUCGAAAUCGGAUGAUUGCAAUCAGCAAUCACAAGUUCUCUACUCGCAGCUAUUUCGUUGCACACAAGAAAUGGUUCUUGAUGAAGCUGCAGCAUGUCAAAACUUGCGUAACCAAAUUCAACAACUCACACAGCGCAACAAUACACUACCAGAGAGAAUAAAAGAGCGCCAAGUUGCGUUGAUACGGGAAAUGGAAUCAACUGUGCUAGGCACGAAGUCGUUAGAGCCUAGAGAUAUCAGCACGGACAAAGUUGAUGCGAGUUCAAGUGCCAUUUGCCAUGAUAAAGUCUCGAUGCGACAAAGAAUAGAGUUGCGUACUUGGGCAUGUAACAAUCUUCGCGCGACUAUAGAUGACCUGGAGCUACGUCACAACGAUAUAAAGCGGCAAGUCCAUGACGCAAGUCUCGAGCUGAAAAAGGAAGAGCAAGUUAAUCAUGUAAAAAUGAAACGACUCGAAGAUUUGCGUAAAGUACCAAUAACAUCUUCAUUGUCGUCUUUGUCUCGCGUUGGCUCAAGAAAGUGUACACAGCAGCAGCUUGCACGGUUCACGUUGGCAUUAGCACGAAAUCAAUUAUUGCAAGACACACUUAAAGAGCGUCAAGCCUUUGUUCAAGCUCGCACUGUAGCGAUAUUUGAUGUGCGAAACCUUUUGCACGAUUUGAAUGACCAGAAAAUGAAAGUAAAUAUUGAGUUUGAAGGUCUUCAAGAUCAAGUUGCACACAUCAAACGAGUAUGCACACCUCGUCCGGACUGGAGAGAACUACGUGACGCCACGAGCGUUACGACUGCAGUAGAUGAAGUUGAUUUAUUGGCACAAAUGCGGUCGGGAGCCUUACGUGAGGAAGAUCGGGAUAACGAACAGCGAGUUUUGCGAGUCUUGUCGAGUAAUUGGAGCACUGUGACAAAAGCAAGUGCUUUGGCUGCUGAACUUGCCACAAUUCGAUCACGUGAUCAUGCACCCGACACGAUUUCGUCAGAAGAAACGAAGCUUAAGGUUUUGCAAAGUGAGAUUGUGCGUUUGAGGCAACAAUUAGAAGCAAUCAAGGGGCAAUCUGACAAAAAUUGCACUAAGGAUUAA